AUCCACAAUUACACCGGGAAUGUUUUCCUAGCGAUGUCAGCCUACAAAGGACACAAUCUCUCUUCUUCAAAUUCCUCCCCAAAAUGUCCUUUCCCAACAGCUCUCCUGCUGCUAAUACUUUUUUAGUAGAUUCCUUGAUCAGUGCCUGCAGGAGUGACAGUUUUUAUUCGAGCAGCGGCAGCAUGUACAUGCCACCACCUAGCGCAGACAUGGGGACCUAUGGAAUGCAAACCUGUGGACUGCUCCCGUCUCUGGCCAAAAGAGAAGUGAACCACCAAAAUAUGGGUAUGAAUGUACAUCCUUAUAUACCUCAAGUAGACAGUUGGACAGACCCGAACAGAUCUUGUCGAAUAGAGCAACCUGUUACACAGCAAGUCCCCACUUGCUCAUUCACCGCCAACAUUAAAGAAGAAUCCAAUUGCUGCAUGUAUUCUGAUAAGCGCAACAAACUCAUUUCUGCCGAGGUCCCUUCGUACCAGAGGCUGGUCCCCGAGUCUUGUCCUGUUGAGAACCCCGAGGUUCCUGUCCCUGGAUAUUUUAGACUGAGUCAGACCUACGCCACCGGGAAAACCCAAGAGUACAAUAACAGUCCCGAAGGCAGCUCUACUGUCAUGCUCCAGCUCAACCCUCGUGGCGCGGCCAAGCCGCAGCUCUCGGCUGCCCAGCUGCAGAUGGAAAAGAAGAUGAACGAAACCGCGAGCGGCCAGGAGCCCACUAAAGUCUCCCAAGUGGAGAGCCCCGAGGCCAAAGGCGGCCUUCCAGAAGAGAGGAGCUGCCUGGCUGAGGUCUCCGUGUCCAGUCCUGAAGUGCAGGAGAAGGAAAGCAAAGAGGAAAUCAAGUCUGAUACUCCAACCAGCAAUUGGCUCACUGCAAAGAGUGGCAGAAAGAAGAGGUGCCCUUACACUAAGCACCAAACGCUGGAAUUAGAAAAAGAGUUCUUGUUCAAUAUGUACCUCACCCGCGAGCGCCGCCUAGAGAUCAGUAAGAGCGUUAACCUCACCGACAGGCAGGUCAAGAUUUGGUUUCAAAACCGCCGAAUGAAACUCAAGAAGAUGAGCCGAGAGAAUCGAAUCCGAGAACUGACCGCCAACCUCACCUUUUCUUAGGUCUGAGGCCCAUGUGAGGCCAGGAUCCAAGAGGGGGCACCGAGUUCCAGGCCUGAGUGCUGGAGGACUGGGAAGGCGGAAACAAAACCUUCAUUGCUCUUUGGUUUUUUGUUUUGUUUUGUUCUGUUCUGUUUUCCUGCUAGAAUGUGACUUUGGGGUCAUUCUGUUCGUGCUGCAAGUGAUCUGUAAUCCCUAUGAGUAUACAUAUAUAUAUUAAAAAAACUU